AUGGCGGCGAACGGUGAUCGAUACGGUAACGAUUUAGACUCUGAUUCCGAUUCAGGCCCAGGUUCUCCAGGACUUGAUCCGGAGAAGGAUUUCGACGACAACGUACCAGAGAUCGAAGACAAACCAGUCAAAUCUGCGCUGAAAAAAUCUACACAGAAGGAGAUAGCACCCGCUAUCAUACGACCUACACUUCCUCCGCAGACUGAACCUAAAGACCUCGAUGUCAAAUCUCUCAACCCUCUCACUCCCGAGAUCAUAGCUCGCCAAGCAACAAUUAAUAUUGGUACUAUCGGGCACGUUGCGCACGGAAAAUCCACAGUGGUUAAGGCAAUCUCUGGGGUGCAGACGGUCAGAUUCAAGAAUGAGCUGGAGAGAAAUAUUACAAUCAAACUUGGUUACGCAAACGCAAAGAUCUAUAAGUGCGACAACGAUGAUUGCCCACGGCCAGGUUGCUUUAGAAGCUACAAGAGCGAGAAGGAGGUCGACCCACCAUGCGAACGAGAUGGUUGCUCUGGAACUUAUAGACUGCUCAGACAUGUUUCAUUCGUGGAUUGUCCCGGUCACGAUAUUCUUAUGAGUACUAUGUUAUCUGGAGCAGCAGUGAUGGACGCGGCUCUGCUUCUCAUUGCCGGUAACGAAACCUGUCCCCAGCCUCAGACUUCAGAGCAUCUUGCAGCCAUCGAGAUCAUGAAAUUGAACAAAAUUAUCAUCCUCCAGAACAAGGUAGAUUUGAUGAAGGAAGAAAGCGCGAACCAACACUAUCAAUCGAUUCUGAAGUUCAUUCGGGGAACUGUCGCUGGCGGCGCGCCAAUCAUCCCAAUUUCAGCUCAACUGAAAUUCAACAUCGAUGCGAUCAACGAAGCAAUCGUUUCAACUAUUCCAGUACCCCCAAGAGAUUUUACGAUGGACCCACAAAUGAUUGUCAUCAGAUCUUUUGAUGUCAACAAGCCUGGUGCAGAAAUUGAUGAAUUGAAGGGAGGUGUCGCAGGAGGAUCUAUUCUUCACGGUGUCAUCAAGCUUGGCGAUGAAAUCGAGAUCCGUCCGGGAAUUGUCACUCGUGAUGAGAGAGGAGCUAUCAAGUGCACUCCUAUUUUCAGCAGAAUUGUAACUUUGAAUUCCGAGAACAAUGAGCUGAAGUAUGCUGUUCCGGGUGGACUGAUUGGUGUCGGAACCAGAAUCGAUCCAACCCUUUGCCGUGCGGAUCGUCUAGUCGGUUUCGUGCUGGGUCUCAAAGGCCGCCUGCCUGACAUCUACACUGAAAUUGAGGUCAACUACUUCCUCCUUCGCCGACUACUGGGGGUCAAGACCGCAGACGGCAAGCAAGCAAAGGUUGCCAAAUUGGCUAAGAACGAGGUGUUGAUGGUAAAUAUUGGUUCGACAGCAACCGGAGCAAAGGUUGUGGCUGUGAAGGCGGACGCCGCAAAGUUGGUCCUGACCAGUCCUGCUUGCACCAAUAUUGGUGAGAAAGUCGCUCUGAGUCGACGUAUCGAAAAACAUUGGCGUCUUAUUGGUUGGGCGAACAUUCUCUCCGGUGUAACUCUUGACCCAAGCACAUCUUAG